AUGCCACCUAUCCGAGGUGGACUCGGCGAGCGCCCGCGGGUGAUCUUGUACCACCAAACGCUCAUCCCAAGCGGGGGCCAGUAUGUCUCCAUGCUCCCGCUCCUCGAAAACAACACCGGGAUAACACAUGUUAUUCUCGCGGCUUUUCACCUGAACGGUGCACCAGGAGAUAUCACUCUCAAUGACGACCCUCCAGACAACGCCAAAUUCGACCCCCUGUGGGCCGAAGUGCCCGUCGUGCAGCGGCAAGGCGUGAAAGUGAUGGGCAUGCUAGGCGGGGCUGCCCCGGGCUCCUUCACGCGGCUUGACGGCAGCCGGGCGGAUUUCGAACAAUUUUAUUAUCCUUUCCUGACCAUCAUCCGCCGCCAUGGCCUUGAUGGAAUCGAUCUCGAUGUAGAGGAGAAAAUGUCUUUGCAAGGCAUCAUCCGGCUCAUCGACCGACUCAAGGCUGACCUGGGCGACGCGUUUAUCAUUACUCUGGCUCCUGUGGCAGCUGCACUACUUGGUAUUGGGAAUCUAUCAGGCUUUGACUACCGCGAACUCGAGCAGGCUCGGGCUUCUAAGAUCGGCUGGUACAAUGCCCAGUUCUACAAUGGCUGGGGUCCUGCUGAGGAUCCACGGAUGUAUGCUGCUAUGGUUUCACAAGGGUGGUCUCCACGACGCAUUGUCUAUGGCCUGUUGACAAAUCCGGGUAAUGGAUCACAGGGUUAUGUGUCCGAGGAGAAGAUUGGACCUGUUUUGGCAACGUUGGUUGAGCAGUUUCCCAACUUUGGCGGUGUUAUGGGUUGGGAGUAUUACAAUGCUUUGCCUGGAGGCACAGCUAAACCGUGGCAGUGGGCCGCUCAAAUGUCGUUGAUCACGGGAAUGAAAGAUGUUGUCGUGAUCCCUGGUCAUCACUUUGUGCCUCUUGUGGUUACCUCCCUAGUGGUGUAUCUGUCGUCGAUAUUAUCCUUGCUCCAGGACACCUCGCCUCGAAGCCAGACACCUAAAUCCCGAGGAUUGAACAGGCAAAAGUCAGGGUCUAGCCGUGCGAAAACCGGCGAUUCUGUGCUUAAAACACUGUUGACAGGGCUGCCCUCGGCAAAGUGGCCCCUGUGGACUACGAUCACGAUAUUAAUCAAUGUGGUCCUGGCAGUCCUAACACUUGACUUCUUGACCCGUGGCAUUCUACUUUAUCCUACCAGAAAUGUUGCAUUCUCGCGCGUUGGGUAUGUCUCCCCGACCACUGCCAACUUGGUCUUUCGCGAGCCAGACACGGCUCGCCUACCGGUGACGGUCAUGUUCCAGGAGGUCUCUGAAAUGCGCCAAGACUGGUACGAAGAGGGCAUUGUUUACAAGCUGGAUAACUCUACCGACUUUACAACAACUGUGACCAUAACCGACCUAAAGCCGGCGACAUCCUAUCGCUACUCGCUGUCCAACAACAAGUCUGGCACAUUCAUCACUGCCCCAUCGCCCGAGACCCCUGAAGCAAGCCGACUAUCAUUUGUAACAUCAAGUUGCCUGAAGCCAAACUUCCCUUACAACCUACUAUCACACCCACUGCGGAUCCCAGGCCUCGAGCAAAUGACCGACGCUCUCGCCAAACUGCCCAAGCUACUCCGCCCAUCAUUCAUGCUCUUCUUAGGCGACUUUAUCUACAUAGAUGUCCCCUGGCGCUUCGGCUCAACAAUGUCCCACUACCGUAGCGAGUACAGACGCAUCUACUCGUCCCCCUCCUGGACUCACGGACCAGAAGAAAACCGCGCUAUCGAUCUCCCCUGGCUACACACGCUUGACGACCACGAGAUCGAAAACGACUGGUCGCAGGGCAACAAAACAGCCCCGUAUCCAGCAGCUGCAGACCCCUUCAUCCACUACCACGUGCGAGCAAACCCACCCAUCCCAGUAGCACCUUUCGCCCACCCAGACAACGUAACCUACUUCGCCUUCACCCACGGUCCAGCCUCCUUCUUCAUGCUAGACACACGCACAUACCGCACCGAGCCCUCGCAUAAGAACUCAACAAUCCUCGGUCGUCCCCAGCUCCAAUCCCUCCUCACGUACAUCUCAACCCCAGAGCCAGCAGGCACGCACUGGAAGAUCAUUUCCUCCAGUGUUCCCUUCACCAAGAACUGGCACGUCGGAACCACAGAUACCUGGGGCGGGUUCCUAGACGAGCGACGCACCGUCUUCGAAGCAAUGUGGCGCGCGGAGCGCGAGCUAGGCAUCCGCAUCGUCAUGCUUAGCGGCGACAGACAUGAAUUCGGUGCUACAAGAUUCCCGGACCCGGAACUCAACCUGGGCCGCGAUCAGCUUUUGCCUAAUACGGCCGGGCUAGGACUACACGAGUUCAGUGUUGGUCCGUUGAGCAUGUUUUACCUCCCCAUCCGUACGUACCACCAGACAGACUCUAAGGAUGUUAUGGUGAAGUAUGCGCCGAAUGGGAAUAGUAAGUUCGGGCUUAUUGAUAUCACGGAUGACAUUGAAGAUGUUGGUUCGACUGCUGCUGCGCCUGUCCGGGCUCGUAGCUCUGUUCUUACGUACUCGUUGUAUGUGGAUGGGGAGGUUGUUUGGAAAUAUCGUCUGAGUGUUCCAUUGGACCGAGAUGUGAGUAUCCAUGGCCCGUCUCUGCUGCCGGGUCGUGUGGUUCAGGAUGAGAUUCCGGAUCUUAGUUGGAGUGUGGUGCUUGGGACGGUUGUGGGACGGUUGCCAGAGUUGGCGAAAUGGACUGUUGAGACGGGCAACGAGCUCUACUUUCAACUUGCGGAUCGAUUGCAGAAGAUUGAGAGACUUGAUUAG